UCUCUCUCUCUCUCUCUCUCUCUCUCUCUCUUCGUAAACAAACCCAAAAUGCACCCACGUAUGCACUCCUCCUUGAUCAGUUACCAAACCCAAAAAGCAAAACAAUUCCUCCAUGCAUUUCUCAUGACAGACAACGACUGCAAUUCCGUUGAUGAUCUACCGACUACCAACCCAAGUUCCAGCCCCCAUUGUCAUGAUCUGAUGAUCUUCCUCCUCCUUCACAUUACUUUCCCUUCAAAAAACUCAAUUCCUCUCUAAAAAAAUUCGUGAAUUGUCCAACUGCGUUUUCCAUUCAUGAGUUUCUCUCUCUCUCUCUCUCUGGCCCAAAAUAAGGUGAAAGUAACUAAUUUGAAGCCCUUUUCGAUGCUCAAGUGUUGUUCCCGAAGAAAUCCGCCUUCAUUCAGGAUCCAUACAAAAACCCGGACAAAAAAGAAUACAAGAUCGUGGAUUCAGUCAAGGAUAUCUUCUCUCCAAAAGACCAAGGGCAGGGGCUUCGUUCGAGAUCUUCGACAUUCAUCCAUCCAUAGGCAAUCUCUCCUUCCAUUUUGAUACAUAGUUGGCCGUAUUUUGAAUGAAAAAUUGAUAAAUUGGAUCAAGCACUUUCUUCUAUCGAUCCAACUGAUCUGAUUUCCUAUGUGGUCAUUCUAAAAAGUAUUUUAAAAUUAAUGAACGACUUGGAUCUAUUUUGCAAAGAGAGCAACUUAUUUCCAAAACAGCUGCAAACAGCCUAUCUUAGCCGUCCGUUUCGAUAAUGGAUGGUCCAGAUUUUAAAAAACUAUUCGCGCGAAUAAUUUUUUUAAAAUCUGAACCAUUCAAAAUACUUUUUGACGACGGAAAUUGAGCUUCAUAAACAUUUUAUUUACAGCUGCUCUGUAAACAAGAUUUUCUAAACUUAACGAGUCGAUCUGUGUGUACCAUCGGUGCACAUGUUGUCGGUCCCAUAGAAAUGAUUUUCAUUACAAACAACAAAGCAAAACCAAGGGAAAUUUCUGGCACCCGAAGAACAUUCUUCGGAUCCCAAACAAAGAAAAAUUCAAACACUGAUACUAAAUAAAAACGCUAAUAAAAAACCGAGUUCAGAGGAUUGGUGGCCGGAGGGUCAAACCCAAUCCUCUCUCUCUCUCUCUCCUCCCCGCCGCCCCCCUCGCUCUCUCAUCACAGGUCUCGGAUCCAAAUUUCGCUUCAGAUCUGCUCGUCCUUCGAGCUCAAUUCGAUCGCAAAACUUGCUACAAGAAUGAUUACGAUUCCGUAUUUGACCGCGUUGACCACCUACUUCAGCUACGGCCUCCUCUUCGCCUUCGGCCAGCUGCGCGACUUCUUCCGCAAAAUCAUCGAUUGGUGGAAGGCCAGCAACCUUCAGGGUUACGCGCCGAUCUGCUUGGGGCUCGAGGAUUUCUACACGAGGCGGCUGUAUCUCCGUAUUCAGGAUUGUUUUGGAAGACCAAUAUCAAGUGCUCCUGAUGCUUGGAUCGAUGUGGUUGAGCGUGUCUCAAACGACAACAAUAAGACCUUGAAGAGAACCACAAAGAUAAGUAAGUGCCUAAAUUUGGGAUCGUACAACUACCUCGGGUUUGCUGCAGCAGAUGAAUACUGUACCCCACGUGCGAUUGAAACAUUGAAGAGGUUUUCACCAAGCACAUGUAGUGCUCGUGUUGAUGGAGGCACCACAAUACUACAUACUGAACUGGAGGAGAAUGUGGCAAAAUUUGUCGGGAAGCCAGCAGCUAUAGUCUUUGGCAUGGGCUACGUGACAAACUCUGCGGUCCUUCCCGUCUUGAUGGGGAAGGGAGGAUUGAUAAUCAGUGACUCUUUGAACCACAACUCUAUUGUGAAUGGUGCACGUGGAUCAGGAGCUACCAUUCGAGUUUUCCAACACAACACACCUUCCCACCUGGAGAGAGUUUUGAGAGAACAAAUUGCUGAGGGACAGCCUAGGACACAUAGACCAUGGAAGAAGAUUUUUGUUAUUGUGGAGGGGAUAUACAGCAUGGAAGGUGAACUCUGCAAACUUCCGGAGAUCGUUGCUAUAUGCAAGAAAUACAAGGCAUAUGUUUAUUUGGACGAGGCUCAUAGCAUUGGAGCUGUUGGGAAAUCAGGAAGGGGAGUCUGUGAGCUUUUAGGAGUGGAUACCGCUGAUGUGGAUAUAAUGAUGGGAACUUUCACCAAGUCAUUUGGGUCUUGUGGUGGCUAUAUAGCUGGAUCCAAGGAACUUAUUCAAUUUUUGAAGCAUACUUGUCCUGCUCAUCUUUAUGCCACAUCAAUAUCACCUCCAGCUGCACAACAAAUUAUUUCUUCAAUAAAGGUUAUUCUUGGGGAGGAUGGUUCUAGCAGAGGGGCUCAAAAACUUGCACGGAUCCGGGAGAACAGCAACUUUUUUAGGUCAGAACUGCAGAAGAUGGGUUUUGAGGUUCUAGGUGAUAACGAUUCUCCUGUAAUGCCUAUCAUGCUCUACAAUCCAGCAAAAAUUCCUGCUUUUUCACGGGAGUGUCUGAGACAGAAUCUUGCUGUCGUGACGGUUGCAUUUCCAGCUACCCCUCUUCUUCUGGCUAGGGCACGUAUUUGCAUUUCUGCUUCUCACACCAGGGAAGACCUGCUCAAAGGCUUGGAGGUUAUAAGCAGAGUUGGGGACCUUGUGGGCAUAAAAUAUUUCCCAGCUGAACCAAAGAAACUGUUACUGGAGGAAGGUAGAGUCAAGUUGGAGUAAAGACGAUAUGAGAUGAUGAUUGAAGAAGUUUUCUCAAGUCUCUGGAAAGAGCUUUGUGAGUUCAUUUUGCCUUAGUAAUUGUAUUUCCUGGGUCUGGUGCUCUAUAGAUGUGACCAGUUGGAUUUUGUCGACUCGAUGUACAGAUGCAGCUGUAAUUUCCCUUCCGUGUGAUUGUGCUUGUCAAAUACGGAGUAUUUAUUUCCGUUCAGGGUGUUUUUUUGUAUCGUUUUUGCAAGUUUACAAAUCAAUGUCAUUUAUAACGGUUGAAUCAAUAGGCUUUCUACA